UUUGGUCUCAAUAAUCGCAACAGGAGCUGAGAAACGUUUCUUUUUUUCACAUUUCGCUCGCGAAACAGGGCAACAAAUAAAACCGAGAUUCGCCGCGACGAGCAAGAAUACUUCAGUGCGAUGAGAAAAGAGGCACUUUGAAGGAUAUGACUGAAUAGAGAAAAACAAUCCCUAAGGAUAUUUGAGGAAGCGGAGCGCUCGCUCGGCAGAAUGCCCGCGUCCCGCUCCUAGCGCCCCGUCCCCGGCUACCAGCAAAGCGGACUCGCUUCGGCGCACAUUUCGCGACUGACAACUUUUGUGAUAAGGGGCCUGAGAUGAUGGCGGCCAGACACCUGCUGCUGCUCCUGUGCCAGGCCUGCCUGCUCUUAGAGACGGGCUCUUUUGCAGCAGCCCCCCCGCUCUCGGCAUCAGAAGCACCCCUAGAAGGCCCCCAUUUUACGGCCUGCCUCUCUCGGGAGCAGGAGACCUUCCGAUGCUGGUGGAGUGCCGGAAGCUUCCGGAAUCUCUCUGAGCCCGGCGCCCUGCGGGUGUUCUUUCUGAAAAAGAACUCCCUCUCCAGAAACUGGAUGGAGUGCCCCGACUACACCGCCACCGUGCCCAAUGAGUGCUACUUCAACAAGAGCUACACGUCCAUCUGGACCUCUUACUGCCUGCAGCUGCGCUCCCGCCACCACAAUGUGACAUACGAUGAGCGCUGCUUCAACGUGGAAGACAUCGUGCACCCUGAUCCUCCCGUCAGCCUGAACUGGACCCUGCUGAACGUGAGCCGCUCCGGGCUGCACUUUGACAUCAUCGUGCGCUGGGAGCCGCCGCCUUCGGCUGACGUGAAGGCUGGCUGGAUGAGCCUCAUCUACGAGGUGCAGUAUCGGGAGAGGAACACCUCACACUGGGAAGUGCUCGACCUGGAAACCUCCACCCAGCAGUCCAUUUAUGGCCUGCACACCAACGUGGAGUAUGAGGUCCGGGUCAGAUGCAAGAUGCGAGCCUUUGACAACUUUGGACAGUUCAGUGACAGCAUCGUCGUUCACGUGCCCGUGAAGGUGCACAAUAAAGAAUCCACCUUCCCCGUGACAGUCGUCUUCAUCUUUGGAGUGGUGGGCCUGGCGAUCCUCUUCAUGCUGAUCAUCUUCUCUCAUCAGCAGAAGUUAAUGGUGAUUUUACUGCCCCCAGUGCCAGCUCCAAAAAUCAAAGGAAUUGAUCCGGAUCUGCUAAAGAAAGGGAGGUUGGAUGAGUUGAGCUCGGUCCUCAGCAGCCACCCGCUCUGUAAGGCGGAGAUGUACCGCGAGGAGCCCUGGGUGGAGUUCAUCGAGCUGGACCUGGAGGGGAUGGACACGGCCGAGAAGACUGGCUGUUCGGACACGCAGCGGUUGCUGGGCCUGGCUCCCCACCUCGGCUCCUCCCACAGGCUGGCGGUCAAGGACGGUGAUUUGGGUCGAGCCAGCUGCUAUGAGCCCGAGCUGCUGGAAGCUGACCCUGCGGCUGCCGCCGCUUUCUGCCUGAGGUCGCAGGAGAUGGCCGUGACCUCCCCAGAGCCGCAGACCGAACGCUUCGCCCCUGAUACAGGCCCCGCCCCCGACGGCAUACCCGACAGCCGGCCUGUCAUCCAGACGCAGCUCAGCACGCAGAGCUCGAUCAGCAUGGACUUUUACGCCCAGGUGAGCGACGUCACCCCCCUGGGCGGGGUCGUGCUCUCCCCUGGACAGCAGGUUAGGGGGCCGGGGGAGAAAGGUGAGGGGGGAGAUGGCCAGCCCCUAAAAAAUCAAAAGGAGGGGCAGAAGAAGGAAGGAGGAGGUGUGGGGGAAAAGGAGGUGCCGUUCCCACUGCUAAUCGUAGCCCCUGACAGUGGAGCAUAUACCUCGGAGCUGGGUACCCGGCAGAUAGGCAGUGACUGCUCCCGCGGAGAAGCCUUCCAAGACCCCCCCGCAGAGAUGCCACAGCCACCCACCGAGAAGAACGCCGUGCAGCAGUUUGCACUCAUUGUGCCCCCUGCAGGGGAGUAUCAGAGCCCCUACUUCCUGCCCCCGGCACCCCAGCUACCCCCUGUUGCAGACUACACUGUAGUGCAGGACGUGGACGCACAGCAGAGCCUCCUGCUCAACCCCAGCACCCCCCCGCCCCCAAACAUGGCCCCUGUGAAGCCCCAGCCAGCGAUGCCGGUGGGGUACCUCACGCCGGACCUCUUGGGGAACAUCUCGCUCUGAGGUGCCCACCUUGGCUGAGCUUCCCGUUAUGGGGACAGCCCGGGAAAGUGGACACAGGACCUCACGCAGAUCCACACACACACACACACUCACACACACACACACACACACACACACACAGACCCGCUCUGCAUCUUACACCAGUGAAAAGCAAGGGCCUACAGACAAACACUAAAUGAUGGACUAAACAUCAGGGAGCCAGUGAGAUGGACUCCUUGCAUUGGCCUGGAAGUACAAAUGUUGGUUCUUGACCACUUGUGGCACUGGUUUGAGUUCACUCUCCUGAGGGAGGGAGUUCUUCAAGAUUAUGCACGAUACAGUUUCAUAAUGGGGAAAAUAGCGUCACAAGUAUUAGUUAAUAUUGACACGUUCGUUUUUUUUUUCAUUCAUUUUUUUCAUUAUUACGCAAAUGCUGUUUACAAACAUAACAUACGUUAAACGUUACAAAGUGUUUGUUACCCUGCCGUACUUUGGUAAAAGACGCUAUAGCAGUUCAGUAUUUUCCCUUCAGAUCUCACAAGGCAUGUCUAAUAAGCUCUAAAACAGCCUUAAUGUGAAUUAAUUUGCCAUAAUUUGCGAUAAUUGCAGAUGGGAUGUAAUGUUCCUACAGUGUUCGUGUUGUGCUGUGGAAACAUUUUAUUGUGCCACGUGACCUUCGCCAAGGUCAUCAGUGCUGAGUAGCACACUCCUGUGGCCAGAUGCUGUUUAUCUCAAUCUAAAGAAUGCAGUGAAUUGGUUGAGUUUUUCUUUGCAAUCGAAUUUCCCACUUAGGAAUAGUAUCAGGAAAAGUUAUUUUUUUAUAUAAAUAGGCCUGGUGCCUAUAUUGCUUUUUUAUUAUUACACUUAAAAUGUUCAGGGUAAAUAUUAGUUGGAACACAAAGCUAUAAAAACAUAAUGUUAUAAUAAUGCCACCCAAACAACUGAAGUGAAGGUAUACUGAUGUAUCUGUGACCAGCAUCGUCUAAUGAAGGUUGUAGCUUUUUGUAUUUGUAUAUAAAACUGUUCACCUUCAUUAAGCUUGGAUCAAAUGAUGCAAAAUCUAACAGAAAAGAACAGAACCGAUUCACCAUGCAGGUGCAUUUGCAGCACGGCAAAAAAAUAAUGGUACAUCUCUGGGGUCAAAGGUCUAAAUUAUUAUGUUCAUAAACCUUUAAUAGGGAAAUUAUCUUUCAUGUAACAACAUGGCAACAAAAAAACCUUAUUUCAGUCCUCUAACUGUGCCUAUUAGCAAAAUGUAUAAUGAAGUGAGGUCUUGUUUUUUGAUAUUAAUUCGCAGAGAUGCUAACCCUUCUCUGUGCGACAGUGUUGAAUGUACCGGCAGCGUGCGGUAAUGAAACACAGCAUUAUAGUGACCUGGCUGCCAAGUGUACGUCUCUUUAUAAUGACCCAGUUCCACUCGACGGCCUUAUUACGCUCAGCUCCUGAUAAUGGAAAAUGCUGCUUCAUAAGUCAUUAUUCAUAACUUGCGUUAGAAUGGCAGUAAUUGCAAACUGGAAAGUAGCGUUUUGUUUAUAUUUUACAGGCCAAACUUCUUUAAUGCUCAUGGAGCUGAACGCAGGGCACACACUCCUCUGUGUUAUUUGGGCUGGUGUGGAGGUGGCGUAUGGCGCCUGGACAGCAUUCAGGGGGCCAGCGAUUUGUGACCCCCCACGCGUUUUCCUUGUACUCGGCCCUUUCGGACAAAUAGGGGCACGGCGUCCAUAAUUCAGAGAGUUUGGCCUCAAACUCGGUCGCCGUGGAUACGAGGGAUGCUGUCAUUAGCCUGAGGUGGUGCCUAGAUUUCUGAUAGGACCCCAACUUAGAUGAGAGGCAGAUGGGUUGACGACACGUACAUUAGCGAGAAAACUUUACAGUCACUUUGCCUUAAAGCCACGUAAACCGAUAUGUAGCCUGAAGUCAUACAAAGUGUUAUCGCAUCAUGUUAGUUUGGUAGAUUCAUUUAAUUUAAUUAAAGUUAAUUCUCUUCAUUUAAUGUAUAGAUAUAGUAUAUUAUUUAUCUCUAGAGGAAUGUUUGUACCCAAAGAAAGAUCCAACUGACCUAUACGUAAGCUUAAGGAAGAAUGGGGUUUUUGAUUUGCCAAUAGGCCAAUAUUUUUUUUCCGAAUUCGAAUAUUUAAUGGAGUACUUUACGCAGUUGAUAAUUUGCUUUAAAUGUGUUUAAAAUCUAUAUUUUAUAUGUGUUACUAGACUACCAGAUUCUUGUGGAUGAAGAAGUGUGGCUCCUGAAAAUCGCACGUGUUUUUUUUUUUUGUAUGUGUAAUUUUUGCAGUCUUUGUUAUUAAGGCUGUUAUAGGCUGCGUGUCUGCAGGAGAAGGAAGUGUGUCCAAUGAGCUUUCAGCUGCGCGGUUGGCGGCGUGUCGCCUCCGCUACGGCGUUUCUGCCUUAAACAUGAAUGCGAUCAGAUACUCAACGCUGCUGUUGGUCCUGCUGCUCCCACUGCCAUUGCUGCUGCCAAAACCAAUAUGUCCACAUCUACAAAGAAAUGUCUUAAUAUAUCAUUAUAGAUUUGCAAUGUCUGUAUUUGAGCAUAUACUGUAUCCUAUUGUAUGGUCUCUGGUAAGCAGAUGUCUAUAGCUUUAAAAAAAAAAUCUAGAUGCAUCUGCAUAUGAAGUAUAUAAAGAUCUAACUAUUUUGAGAACGAGCGAAGUUAAUUAUAUUUCAACUCGUUAUGGAGAGUUACUAAUCUUGAUUUUUUUUUUUUUUUUUUCCUGCUAGAAUGAACCGUUUGGCAUUUGCCAGCUUAAUGUAGCAUCCUGGAGCUUUUAGCCUGAUUUUAAUAAAGGGCAAGAUGUGCUGAGUAGUGUACGAACAGCGUCCAGGCUGAGCAUGUGGUGAUAUCUGAAGGAUUGUAUUAGAAAUGAAAUCAUGGCUUGCCUUUGGCGCAUUUACAGUGUGCAAAAUAAUGUCAUUUAUGUAUUUUUUGGUAUAGAUUAAAAAAUUACUCGUAAUAAACCAUGUCUUUUUACCAUCUGGUACACGCGAUAAAUUUAUUUCUGCUUAGUGAAGUGAGAGUACAAUAUAUAUCUGUAUAUAACAUGUUUUUAAUGCCCUCAAGUUAUAUGGGAGUGGGGGGAUUAAAGUGUUGCACAAGUUUACAUUCCUGGGUGUCAGUCAGGAGAGGAGAGGGGUGUCUUUGGGGUGAGGGUGAAGAGGUCCUAGAUCUCUCAAUUUAUUCAGCCACUGUCAACAUCUAGCACUGCGUUUGUAAACUGCUAUCAGAAUCAGUCAAAAACUGGUUAUUGUGUUUCUGGCCAUGCACAGCUGUCCAGAGCUGUAGAUUAUGAUUUUUUUAUCCCCAUCCACAUUGUCCAUUGAAACAAUGCUACAUUGUAUACUUUUUGUGUCAAUUUGCCAUUCAAUAUCACAGGGACACAAAAAUGCGAUCUUUCGUGUUUAUUUUGAAGCCUUUGUGUGAAACGCUCUUUUCUAUUCUGUUGGCUGCUAGUCACCUUUAGAAAAUGGCUUUUAUCAGGUGAAACAUGUUGGAAAAGAUUGCUAUUGUUUUUAUUCUUGCUGUUACCAUUAUUUUACUUGUAUAACGACAUGGUACAUCUUAUGAUUGGGUGACUGUUUAUCUGGGCAGAUAACUAGUCUAGCCCAAAGACUGAAGCCUGGUGUUAAAUGAAGAUUUCAGCCACCCUGGAAUGAGUCAGAAACGGAGACUAACCCUAGCCCUCCCUUUCCUGGGGAGAGGGGCGCUGAUGCUUGAGAGCAUAUUGUGAUUUUUCACAGGUGGGUUUGUAUUUUUUUCCCCUGGCUUCAGUCAUCAUCUUUGUUUAUAUUUGAGUGUUAUAGCAUUUUAUUUUCUUAAGUAUUCAAUAAAUGUAUUUCUUCUCAUCA